CUGCCGGCAAGCUGACCCAAAACGCAGUCUCUCAUCACAGCCCGGUUGCCUCUGCACUCCAGCUGACUGCUCCACGGUGAAAAAGCAGGGCCUGCGUUAAGGAGGAAAACACAGUCAGGAUGUACUUUGAAAAAUGCGCGCGGUGUAUUGGCGUUACACUGAUACCCUUGGCUGGUUUGGCUAUUGUCGCUAACAUUUUGCUCUAUUUCCCAAACGGUGAGACAAAGUAUGCAGAGAGGGACGAGCUCACGAUAUUGGUGUGGUUUUUUGAAGGAAUCGUUGGAGCGGGCAUAUUGAUGAUUUUGCCUAUUGUGGUGUUUAUUUGCCUUGAAAACGAUGAUUGUUGUGGUUGCUGUGGGAACCAGGACUGUGGGAAGAGCUGUGCAAUGCUGGCGUCGGCUGUGGUGGCUCUGGUCGGGAUCGCCGGCUCUGGAUACUGUCUCAUUGUCUCCGCUCUGGGUUUGACACAAGGACCGUACUGCCUCACCGACCUGGGAUGGCGAUACCCUUUCAAUGACACCAAUGGAAGGUACCUCACCAACUACACCAGCUGGAGCCAGUGCAUUGAACCGAAACAUGUUGUGACGUGGAACGUGACUUUAUUCUCCAUCCUUCUGGCGCUCAGUGGAGUCGAGAUCAUCUUGUGUUUGGUUCAGUUAAUAAACGGCUUGGUCGGUGGGAUUGUUAGAAGCUGCCAUUGCCAACAGCUCGGGACAUGCAACGAGUAUGAGGUCGAGGUGUACGAGGUCACAGAAUGAUGUUUAAGGGGCUGUCACUCGGUGCCAGAAUGGAAGAGAAUGGAAGCUUCUGCCUCUCUGCGCUGGGUGCCCUUGCUACUGUCAUCUGCUGGUCUGAAAUCAAGCAUCUGAAUUUCAUCAGACACAACGCACGCUGUAUUAUAUAGGGUUCUGCCAGGAUUCGGGGUAAAGUCAGAGGAAAUUCAGAGCCCAUGUGACAUUUUCAAUGCCAUUAUCAUUAGGCGCUGAUGUGUGUGAACUGUAUAUAGGAUCAUUCAACUAAUUUCCCCGCAUUUUUCUACAUUUCUACAUGUCGUGGUUUGUUCUGUUCCCUUUUAUCAGUUGCUACUGGUGGUUGCCAUGGCAAACGUUGAUGAUGGCUGUGAUCCAUGGGUUGUUUGGGAAGGGACUGCAGGUGCUAGUUUAAACCAAAGAUAGACACAUAAAGCUGGAGUAACUCAGUGGGUCAGACAGUGUUUCUGGAGUGAAGGAAGAGGUGACGUUUCAUGUCGACACCCAGUCUGAAGAAGGGUCUUGACCCGAAAUGUCACCUAUUCCUUUUCUUCAGAGGUGCAGUCUGACCCGCUGAGUUACUCCAGCUUUCUGUGUCUAUCCAUAGGUUGUUGCUUGGUAUUCGAGUGAAUGGUUGGAAUUGGAACAAUUUGUAGGCCACCUACCAUUAUGUCAACAUAGGUUAAUCCCAUAACAUGUGGAGUUGUGCAUCGUUAUUGGAUCAAGGCCGGUCUAUAUGUAUCUGCCGCAUUUCAAUUACCCUUAAUAAUCAUGGUUAAUAAAACCCUAUUAAUCGCAGUUUGUAAAUUGACUCCCAACUACAAAAGCAUUGUGGAGUUUGUUGACAGGCAUCUCCCAUUCAUCCUAUAUCCAUUGAAAUAGUUUUUAAUCUAAUCUUUUUCCAGUAUACCAUGACUGUUAUAGAGUCAUCGAGUCAUACAGCACGGAAACAGGCCCUUUGGCCCAACUUGUCCAAGCCCCAUGGACACUAGUACCACCUGCCCACGUUUGGCCUAUAUCCCACUAAACCUUUCCUAUCAUGUGCCUGUCCAAAUGACUUUUAAAUGUUGUAUUAGUACCUGCCUCAAUUACUUCCUCUGGCAGCUCAUUCCAUAAACCCACUGCCCUGGAUGAAAAAGCUACUCCUCUGGUUCUUAUUAAAUCUUUCACCUUAGACCUGUGUCCCCUGGUUCUUCAUUCCCCCGUUCCAGGUUAAAGAUUCUGUGCAUUUACCCCACCAUUCCCCCCUCAUGAUCGUAUAAACCUCGAUAAGACCAGCCCUUAUCCUCCUGUGCUCCAGGGAAUAAAGUCUUAGCCUGCCUAACCCCCUCCCUAAAGCUCAGACUUUUGUCUCCAGCCAUUGUCUUUGUCAGAUAGAUGUUAAUGAGCCAAUGCUCAAACAAACGGCAACAUAUCAACCAAUGACUACCAUAUAUAUUUGGUGUUUGAUGCUCUAGUGACAGUAUACAUGUAAACCAGUGCUUGAAUUUUAUACCCUUCAAUGAUAAAAAAUGGAACAAUCACUCCAAGGACCAACUUGGAAUAAUCAUUUUUAUUCAUCAGUUAAUCCCUGCGCUGGUAAUGAAUGUCAAUAUUUAUUUUCCUGCACUUUCAAUGAUUCUUUAUUAUCACAGGUACCGAGAUACGGUGAAAUACUUUAAAAAUAAUUUUCAAAGUCAUAAGGCCAUAAGGAAUAGGAGUAAAAUUAGGCCAUUCGGCCCAUCCGCCAUUCAAUCAUGGCUGAUCUAUCUCUCCCUCCUUACCCCAUUCUCCUGCCUUCUCCGCUUAGCCUCUGACACCUGUACUAAUCAAGAAUCUAUCUAUCUCUGCCUUAAAAAUAUCCACUGACUUUGCCUCCACAGCCUUCUGCAGCGAAGAAUUCCACAGAUUCACCACCCAGUCAGUCACUCGGUCCAAGUUGCUUUAAGUGCAGUUGGCCAUAAAGGCCCGUUGUCCUGGUGAUGUUGCAGUGUCGGCCUGGCCAGGUGAAACUGUAGCCGUCCUCCACCGCUGCUCCACUGCUCCGUGCCGCUACAGGCCACACCCGGUCCGCACGCACGCUCGCUAUCCGGGACCGGCGGCCGAUCCAGUCGAGGUCCAGGCUGCCAGGAGGACAGGUCGGUGUAGCACUGAGUGUUACUGCCUCUCUGCUUCAGCGAGCAAAUUCAUUCUUGGGUGCUCCCGGAGUGGGGCUUGCGUCUUCUCCCUGUGACCAUUUGGAUUCCCUCCGGUAAUCCAGUUUCCUCCCAUAUCCCAGAGGUGUGCUGGUAGGUGACUGGAUUACUGCAAAUUAACUCAUGCGUGGGGACAUGACAAAGGAAUGAACAGGGAGGUGAACGGAACGCGAGGGAUGGUACGUUGCUGGAGCUACAGGGAAAAUAUAGGGAGGGGAGAUGGGAUUGUUCUGCUGGGAGCCAACAUUGACCUGAUGGGCUGAUUGGCCUGUGUGUGUCGGACAGAACUGCAGAUGCUGCUUUAUGCCAAAGAUAGACACAAAAUGCUGGCGUAGCUCAGCGGGUCAGGCAACACCGCUGGAAGAAAGGAAUAGGUGACAUUUCGGGUUGGAGCGCUUCUUCAGACUGAAUGAUAGAGAUUGCCAGAUCAGAACAAGGCCGGCAACAGAUGACCCCCAGGAAGGAUGGAGUCCUUAGUGGCCCAUUGCUGGCUGGAGAAGAUGUGGUAACAACAGAGAUACAAGGAUGUGAACAGUGGGACUAGCCCUCUUCCACCCUAGCCAUCCACUGUAAUUAGCACACCUUCCCCAGCCCACAAUAGGCCAUUAUGGACUCCACGCUUACUGCCAGCAAUGGGCCAUUGUGGGCUCCAGCCUUCCUGAGGUCCUGCAUUUUGUGUCUUUCUUCAGGCUGAUUGUCCUCCUAUUUAGUAAUAAAUGAAGACUACCACAUGCGGCUUCCAAAUUGCUUAUCCAGACUACUUGUCAGAUGUGCCGACCACUGGCAUAAUGAUGACAACUUGGCCACAAGUGAUAACAUUUAAUAAACUGGAUUUACAUAAAAUGUGCACUUGUAGUUUUUGCUUAUUAAUUUCAAUUUUUGAAGGAACGUAAGAGAGAGGAGCGGCAGUAGGCCACUCGGCCCAUCGAGCCUGUGCUGUUAUUUAUUGAGGUCAUGGCCUGUCCACAUCCUCUGUACCGUAUCCCAGCUCUGGCCUGUGUCCUUGAUCCUAUUAAUGGCCAGAAAUCCCUCAAUCUCUGAUUUCAAGGAACACAAUAAUUGAAUCCCCGCAACCUCCAGGUUAGAAAAUUCCAGAGA